UAGUUUUUACUCACUGACGAAGCUGGACGUAUCCCGUGUACGAGUAGCACAGGUAAUACGGACCUUUACGUUUGUAGUUUUAUUCGAAGAAAAAUGUCUCACCGAGAUUUGGAGAUAACUGCAUAAAAGGAACUAGUCGUUAUAUAAUGAAUAUAUUCAGAUACAUCCUCUUGUUUUGAGUGGAAUUUUUUAUGUUCAGUACAAUACGAUAGUUAAUACGUGGACAACAACUCACAUGCAGGAUUUGAAGAUGAGUUAGUCAUUUCAUUCGAGGGCAGUAACAUCCUGGGUAGUGAAGGCUCACUCCAGUCUAGAUUGAAACGCUGCUUCAUAGAGCACGUAUUUUUUUAUUGUAGCAGAGAUAAUGUUCUUGUUCUACCUUUUGCACUCACAGGUUUGCUACAGUGUCACGUUGAAGUGUGACAAAAACUUGACCUCAAACGAACGUUAUCCACAUUCGACCCGCGAAGGGUCCCGUCGAUUCAUAUUCAUUUAUUCACGAUAUUCCACAGAAUGAUUUGAUCAUUUUUAAGUGUGCGACAUUUUCGUAUUUGCAAAAAACUGGUGGAUUGGGUUUUACAUAAACAAAAGUUCAAAAUGAGUAGAUAGAUAAUAGAUAAUGGAAAUUUCAGUCUUAAUAAAUUUUCUUGUCACAUUAAGAAUGCGGCAAAGAUGUUUGAACAGACAACUAAAAAACAUAUCAAGAAUGAAUCAAUUUCAUAUACGUUAUAUCAGAUUCUCGGAAUCAGCUGACGCUACAUCUAAUGCACGGUCUAAGCAAUUAUGGUUUAAAACUGAUUAGCAACUCACGAUGAAUGAAAAAAUUAAUACAUAUUUCAUUGAGGAUAAAAUAAGAAGGUGAUUGAUUUGAAUAAUUUAGGGCCGUUUGUUGUCAUUAUUAAAGUUAUGUGCUUCAUAUUCUUUUAAGUCAUUUUAAAUCUUUAGCAUAUUCUGCGACGUUAGUUAACUUCUAGCGAGUUUGUCGCGCGAAACGCCUAAACUAUUAAUAAUAUUCAGAAAUAAGCAUUUUUCUAUAUAUGGACUAGGUUAAUCUUCUCUGGUGAUAACAACAACUUCUUUAUUAUAGCUCAUAGCCCAUCGAAUACAUCAGAUUAAAUUGAGUUCAAUUUAAACGACUGUCCGAUGCACUCAGCAUGUACUGACUGCAUCUCAUAUACCUUCAAAAGGCUUUACCUACUAUGUUUGGAACAACAAAUCGCCAAUUUCUUCCCUGCCGAACUGGGGGGAGCCAGAAGUCUUCAUUGGCCUAGGGUGGGUCUUCGCGCCGUCACUGGUUUUCUAAUUACACACGUGGCGCCCUCAUGUGGUUACCUUUUAAAGAACCAGGGGCCGAGUAAGAUUAUGCGUGCGCAGCGUGUUUAGUCGUCGAUAGAAUACGAGGCUCCUAGCGAAGAGUAGCACUGGUGACUGUCUUUCCAUGGGAGCGCGAGACUCUUCGAUACGACAACGACGACGAUAGUCAGCCAAGCGCGCACGGGAAGUUGGCUUCGUGUGGACAUCGCGCCGCCGCCUCAGGCCUUCAAGAACCUGCCGCCAAAAUUUCGGAGGUGCACCUGGUCGGCACGGGACUGACCCCUAACAUCGCCUGUCGUCGCCCGCGAGGGUUGCUGCGUGCGCAAGUCAACUAGAAUGAUGGUGAGAAGAGGUAGAAGCUAAAAGAACGAUAGACCAGUUGUCAAAAGGACAACGCUUACUCUGAGCUUUUACGAGUUUCACUUACACAGACAUGGCUGGCUGGCUGGCUUAACUGGCUGCACAAGCGCCAUCGGCGGCCUUAGCAGUUAGUCCCGUUUGAGAAAUACUGACAGCUAAACAGUUCUUUAAUCCACAAUGUUCACGUUAUAUAGGAAGGGCCUGGUUUCGUGAUCGAAUUCAUUCCGAGUGUAAGCGAUCGGUGUCGAGCGCAAGAUAUAAAUCGAAGACAUAGGCUUUUUCAGCGCUGAGCCAAUGAAGAGGUUCGCUGGACAAUCAGUGAUACGCAUAGGCCAAUGAAGCAGCUGUGUGACGGUUGCAGUGGUAGAACUAGGCUUGAGUCCUACGUAUGAAUUAGAAGUUCAAAUUAGGAUUGCAUAAUCGGAGAGCGUGUACCUAUUAGUACUAACCGUUAUGUUAGUGCAUUGUUAGCUGAGAAGAUCUAAGUGUCCACUACAGUGAUGUCAUAAUAAUAUGCUUUAUUAUUGUCAGCAAGCAGAUUUGUGCGUAUUUCGUUUCUCUAUAAAAAAAAAAAAAAAAAAAACGUAUGGAACCUAAACAUUUUGACGGUUGGUGACAAAAAAAUAUCUGUACCAACAAAAGUCACAAAGAAUAGAUGUGCUCAAAAAGCCAUUUACAUACGGGGAGUGCUCAGUAUUAAAGGGUAUAACUCUUCCAUAAUCAUAAUAAUGCUUGCAGAGAAAUGUAUUAUAUGAAACAUUUUCGAACGAAGCGGUCUCUCGUUUAUUCGUUUUUUUAUGUGGAGUUCAGAACAGCCCCAUAUUAGACUAGUAAAGCCACACAAUUAGUGACGAUGAAAUGCAACUGUAGGUAUUAUUUAAUUUGAAAUGUUUUAUUUUCUUAUUAUUAUAGCACUGCAAGCGUUAACAGAAGCCGAGUAUGCGCGGCAGCGUUCUACCAUGCAAAAACAUUUAUUCUUUUUGGCGGCACAGCAAAAGGCAGUAGUAAUUAACUGAAAAAAUUGGUCGUUCGUUUUUUUUUUGUUGUAUAACCUAAGUUCACUAAUUUUGAUAUUUUGCUAUUGUAGGGGAAUGAUUCACCGACGAUCGAGGCACCAGCGAGGUGACUGGCGCCGCGUCAAAUAAAGCCGGUAGCGCGGUUACCUUGGGGAAUCCAACGGGACAGUGGAAAUACGCAAUGUAUCAUCAAUUAAUGCCAGAGAAUAGAAACAAGGCUACAUUUGCAUGGGCUGUUCGGGACAGCCGAUGUUUCCAAUCGAGACUGUCACCUCUCCAGCGAUGGCGGCACCAGCAGCAACUUGUGAAUACGUACCGUCAUUCGACAAAACAAAAACAGCACCUUCUGCAGCAGCAGCAGCUGCUGCUGCUAUUGCAGUUCCAGCUGCAAUCAAAUUACCAUCAACAGAAGUCCAUACUUUGCGGUUUUCGUUUAUCAGCAAUUACGAAGACGGCAUCGCGCCAGUUUUUUUCAUUUUCCUCCUCGUUAUGCGUAAGACUGUUAUUAUUAGCCUACUGUCCCUCAAUAACCCGUGUCAGUGCUCAGCGUUUAUUGGGUCUUUCAGCAGCUAAUGAUGAAACUGUUGACUCUAUAGCAAAAACAAGAGAAAGCCAACAGCUAUACGACAGCACCAGCUUCAGUUGGUUGGUGACCAAUUUACCAACUGCUCGAAAUUCGCGGCGCUGACGCCCUGACGCCCGCACCCGCCGUCUGCAUCAGCAGCUGCAGCAAUUGGCAACAUCGAUAGACAAUAACAGCAAGGAGAGCAGCAGCAGCAGCCGCAACGGAGCUGAUGAUGAACCGAAAUUAGGUAUUGGCGGCGGCGAAAAAGUAAACCGGAGAACUGGAAAAGGAAGCGGUCGUGGACAACUACUAAGUCCGGAUGCUAUGCGCCCAUUGUCAUUUCGGUUGUCAUGCGCUCAGGCUUUACAGCAACAGCUGCUUUUUCGUCGACAAAAAAGAGGAGAACUCUUGCACGCGUUGUUGAUGCAAAAAAAGUUGUUGGCGCGAAAAAAAAAAAUAUGGCAGAAUCAUUUCUCGUGCUUCUCCUCUUCGUAUAAUAUUUCCGGGCUGCUGCUGUUAUUGCCAUUGCAGCUGUUACCGCUGUUGUUGAUGAUGCUGCUGCUCGUGCUGGGGGCGGGGGGGGCUUCGGCAGUUGCUGAUGGCCGACCUCCUGCUGCUGCCGCUGCUGCAGCUGCUGCUGCUGUUGCAUCAAUUUAUUCUAUUCCGGGUGUACUUCCUACGCAGAGGACCUCCACCCGGGGCGAAGGUCUGCUCAGGACGUCGGAGACACGUGACGGACCGUCCCAGGAUCAAAGUCUUGAAGUACUAUUCAUCAAUCAAACGCACAUGCUCAUGGUCCCGUUUCUGGCGACUUCGACUUCGGUGUCGACGUCUUUGUCACCGUCGCCGGCCAUGGAGCCACCAUCCUCGCCCUUAUUAUCGUUCCGACCGUUAACAUCACAAUUCCAACUCCUUCACCAGAAAGCUACAGUCUCACCAUUUCACUAUACAGAAACGACCACAGCUACAUCGAAAACAAUAGGAAAAGUAAACAGGAGGCCGGUGACAGAUGUUACUACAGUUAUUGUGGUAGCUCCUGACAAGCAAGUAUUUGUCACAAGUCGUCGUUACGAUGAAAGCUACGAUGAAAUCAUUCACGGCCAAAUUGGGGGGCGACGAUGGCAGCGAAAACCGCGACAACGAGAUAACUCGCUAUAUUCAAUAUAUGCUCGCGUACAAAACAAAAAAAAAAUUAAAACGAAGCCACGUCCGUCGGAAGCGCGUCAAGAACUGUUGGCCGUUUUCUAUGGAGUCACCACGACGACAAAAACUACUGAGGACUUUGCCACUUCCACUCUUACAAGCUUUGCCAUGGCCGCUUCGCAUUUCGCAAACAACAACAACUACAAAAAGUAUAAAAUCAAUAUAAACGUUAUUGAAAACAAGAAUAAUAAAAACCAGCAUCCGCCCCGAACUUCACAGACGGGACUACGGCCGUCGCAGCCACCUGCCAAAAGGGGCCUGCUGACAACGACGACGUUGUCACUCCAGAGUGAUAACAGUAACCAAAAUAAUCGUUAUGGGACAAAUAAUAUUAAUGCUGAUGAGGAUAAUGACGACGAUCAUCAUGAUAAUAUUCAUAUUGAGAAUAAUAAUAAUAUGACUUAUAACGGUAAUAACGACGUAAAUUAUGACAAAGCCGCUAGCAGAGACCUUAGGGACGACAGAAGCAGAGCGAAAAGAAACAGCGGUGAGGAAAGGAAACUAAAAGUAUCGAACAUGACUAGGAUAACGCUGAAGCAUCUGACCAGAUUAACUAGUUUUGCACGACAAACGCUGAGUUCAAGUCAUCAACGUCUACAUAGCCUAUAUGCACUACGACAACAACAACAACACCGUUCAAGGCCGCGAACCUCCGCUUUGGCUUCGGGCGACCAGGACAAUUACGGCGAUGAUUAUGGUUUUAACGAAACGAGCCAAAAAGAUGAUGCAAUAGAGUCGUCGUUGGGCAAUUCGUCCGAUUCCGAAGCUAUCGAUAUGGGUAAUGCGACAGUCGACUUGAAGCAGGACAUGGACUUCGUGGCCCAAUUCAGAAGAUCUAGUCAAGCAUUCAAACAACACGGCCAGCUUCUUUCUGGGCUUCCGCGUUUUUUGAAACAGGUACAAGCAGCCAGAGCCCCUCUCAGGUCCACAAUCAGAAAACGAAGUGGCUGGUCUUCGAAUGUAAUGAACUUUCGCGUUAACAACCAGUGGGCACGACAACGAACAUUUCUACCAGAUGAGCAUAGGGAGGAGGAGGUCGAUUACCUGCGACUUCACGACGAGAAACCUGAUGGUGUCUGGCGACAUGUUGCCCCUCCUAAUAUACAGACGAGCAUGGCAGCAUUGGCACCAGUAAAAGUAGAAGCUUUGUCGCAACGAUCCAAAUCCGUAUUGGCAACUCGUAAUACCCUAACACGACACAACUGUUCUAUGCUACUCGACAAAGGCUAUUUACCCACCGGUGCUGAGAAUUUUGCCGCGCUUUCAGUGUUCCCGUUCACCGCCAUCUGCGCCCUAUCAGCUGCCAUCUUCCCACACAUGUACGAUGUCGCCAGCGCUCUCGUCAUGCUAUACCUUCCAUUCUCAUUGGUGAUGUACUAUGAGCUAGUAGCGACAUAUGCCGGUGGCUGUCAGGUGCUCUGGGAACUGCUGGCGGACCAACGCAUGCCCCUUAAAGGUCCGCCUUUGUGCUGUGUGUUGCCGCCGUGCUGCGGUCCCGGACCAAUCCUCACGCGAAAGCGUCAACGUCUGAUGCGAUAUUUUAUUUAUCAAUUGCUGGCGGUACCCGUACUCCUCGUUGGGGUUAUCUUCGUAUGUACACUUGCGGGCAUUCAUCCUGGUGACCGAUUGGAAGCAACAAAUGCGUCGCCGUACCUGAUGCUGAUACAGGCUCUAUCGUUCGUCUUGGGCACCUACGCGCUCGUCAUCUGUGUAAAACUGACAGCCCGAUAUCUGCCGCAGCACGCACUUCGUCGAAAGUUUACCGUCUUCCAUCUGCACUACACCGUCACUCGAUUGCAGGUGAUUUUCUUCAAGUUGACGGGUCUUACGGCAAGCCUGCCGUGUAUUCCUCCAUUGUCUUCCAUGGCCUCCGGUAUCUACAUGAGCUGUGCUAUGUUGAUCGGCCAAUGCUUUUUAAUGAGCACUGUCUCGCAGUACUUCUUUCUUCAUGCUCCACCGGUCACAUCUCUCGGGCCGUUGCCAGGACUACCGGCACAUGGCGCCCACGGCAGUAGCAAGCGUUCGGGGCGCCAUAUGGUAGCUGUCAGCGGAAGUGUGAAUCACUGGUUGUUAUUUCAAAGUCGGAAGAACUGUCAAUCAGACCCACGUCAGAGUUCGAUGCCAGUGGCUUCUGAAGCCGUUGAAAUAGGAGCUAAUGUAGCAUCAGCGCGGCUUGGUGCCGCCGACUACGCCGAUGAAACGUUCUCAUCGGAACCUUCAGAUGCUGGCGGAGCAGUAGCCCCAAAGUCCGUGAUACAGUCGACCCCGUCGCAACAACUAUCAACACUACUGACCAGCGCUAGCAAUAAUCCAUUGAACAAUACCAAUACUACUGAUAGUAAUAACCAUUAUCUUGAUGUACCGCGGCGCGUGAACGCACACAUACCCCUAGGUCGCGCGUUGAGCCAUCCAGUUGCGGGAAUGGCCGUAAGCAUGACACCCCUGAGUCUUUCAAUCGGUGGCCUUCGUCGUGUGCCCCUUAGCGCGCCUGAACCUGUUAAUGCCCCAUCAAUGCAGUGUGGAGCACCAGCCAACCGAGCAAACUUGACACUCGAUCUUAAAGAUACGCACACGAUGACUCUCGAUCGAAAACGGCUUCGCCGACCAUUGCUCUCACGCUGCAGCGGAGCUUCAUCGCUGGAAGAUGAGCUGGACCUCGAAAUGUCCUCGAUGGCUACGACAGUCCGCCGCCGUCACGAAAACGAAUUACUUUUUUUAACUCGUGGGGAACACAACCACAUCAAAGGCCGGCAGCCGCGAUCGCGGCGUAGCAGAAAUACUACCGACCUAUGCAAUCCGUUGAUGACGUGCUCGCUCGACGAAGCUUUACGCAUCCGUGAGCUUAGAGAACGGCGCGCUCGUCUAUGGCGAGUGUCGGUAGCGGGAGGUGAACGGUGGGGCUCAUUAACGUCACAGACGCCGCCGUGGCCAGUAACAUCACUGGAAGAGGUCCACCUUCCCGGCAUAAACGGUCUCGUUGGUGAAAACAACGCCUGGAUGGACGGUGCCUUUAGCACAGUCCCUCAGCACGGGCCAAGGCAAUUACCCGAUUGGAAAUUGGCUGAAUCGGAUGCUUCGCCCACCCAACGACUCGCAGCGAUCGAUCUCGUUGCACGUAGGGCUGACCUCAGGAUGUUGAGGGCCUCGACCCGGUGCCAUGCUGCAUCUGGCAGUGUACAGUAUUGCUGACAUCGGAUAUACAUAAGUGCAUGCAGGUGCGCAAGUGUAGGCGAUUGUCACAAUCGGAGCAAAAAUGAAUUAGAAAUAGAACGGGCUCAUCUUGUUAAAUAUAUCUACUGUUUGACCAUCAAUCAAUCAACAAUCAUCGUCGUGUUACAAUCAUUCAAAGCAAUCUAUUUAACACGAUGCACACGGCAAUUAGACGAAGCAGUUUUUUCAUGGCUGGAUAUCAAUAAACGAUUGAUCUCGACCUUGAUCGCCAUGGACAUAGGAAUAAUGGAAAGACGUUAGCCGAAGCCGAUCCGGAAUCCAUUGGUCAUUAAAAAGAACUAACUCAGCAGACGAAGGUACCUUUUUGCUAAACGUUUGUUGUGGCUGAGCGCCCUCCCAAACACUUAUCUGGUCAUGACUCAUGAUCUUUCUGCCUCAGCGGGGCAACUGUAGUUCUAAACCUAUAUAUACAUGUCAACAUGUCCAAAACGUAGAACUAUUCAUAGUUGAGUUUUGGAUGGGUCCAGACGGCGUCGACACGUAGGUCGGACCGAAAUAGUUAUUAGACUAGGUGAGAAGUGUGUCAAUAAAAGUAGCUAAUGAAUACCUUCUUGACAGUAGAGCACAUACUUUGUCAUGAUGUCGGUUCUUCUCUUCCGCUUCCGAACGGUAAAUAGAGGACAGCUUAGCUUUCCGCACGCUUAAUAGCAAAAUGAGUGUAUUAGACCGCUAAUUCGACUAUGUCCAUCUAUAUAUUCAACUAUAUCCGUUUUUGGAAGUACGUUUCGUUUCGGUAGAUGAGAGACUCAUCUAACUAGAACCGUCAUUAAAUAUGACCUUCGAAAAUGAUCUAGCAGCAACGAAAAAAGUGACGUUAGGGGCACAUUGAGUCAGAUAUCUGUGUGGACCUAAAUUGGCCAGUCAAGGGCCAUGCGAUAUUCGUCAUAUUAACGCUGUGGCUAGAGGGGUCAUGAGUACCUGGCUGCCGCAAUAUAUUGCUCCCGCUCCCGCGCUCCCAUUCUACCUCUCACCUCACCCCUUCUUUAAAAUGCCGCUGACUACGGGUAGGAUUUUAUGUGUCGGUUGUUGUUUGUUAAGAGAAAACUAAUACUAUGGACUAUAAUGAGAUAAUGACAAUAAUAAUAAUAAUAAUGAUAAUAGUUGAGAAAAUAUAUAAGAUGAUACACUAAGGAGCUUUAACUAAUCAAAAAGCCUUAGGCCUUGGAAUAGAAAUAAGUUAUUUACGAUUAUUAUUGUUAAUAUUGUAGAGCACUUGCACGACCUUCGCCGAUAAUUCGGCUAUUCCAUCCAGCACAGUAGCAACUGUCGAUUGAAGGACGCCUUCAUCCCACGUGUGCUGAGUUUGAGAUGUAUGCUCAUACCGAAGCCAUUUUCAGUGACAAAAUCAAAAUAAUAAUAGCAUGUUUGUUGACUAUUCUGCAGCCAUCAACUCAGUUUGUAUUUCAUUUGAAACUACACAAUCCAUUGGAAAACGGUUCCUCAGUUUUCGCUUGUAACUAGUUAACAGAUGGUUACACAGUACACGGCAUUUUCUAUGGCAAAGAAUUUUUUUGUGAAUAUGGUCCAAUGAGAGAUUUCAAUUGCAGACCUUAAAUCUUACUUCAUUCCGAAGUGUCACAGCUAUUAUAAGGAUCUUGGUCGUACCAACGAAUCAAAAUUUCAAAAUGUCGAUUUCCAAACCUCGUCCUUACCGGUCUUUCAAAGCAGUAGUUUAGUACAUAAGCAUUUUUUUUUCCAAAUCGUUAUUCAUCUUUGCAGCUCAGCAUCAGAUCACUUGAUUACUCACUCAUACGUAAUGUUAAUGAUGCUUUACAUUAGCUAGGAUAGUUACACUAUCAAAGGCGGACAUCAUCAUCAUCCACAAUCUAAAGGCGUAAACGCCGAAAAUAAUUAGCUUCAAUCUGAAAUUACGUGACAUCUAAACAAUUAAAAAAGAAAAAUUGUUUCAAUCGGCCUUUAAAGAAUACUAUGGUUCGCUAUUGUUAUGUAUACUUGUGAUGAUGACUUCACGCGCAGCGUACUCAAUCCGCGUUAUAUAUAUAUAUAUAUAUAUAUAUAUAUAUAUAUAUAGUGUACAUUACUUAAGUAGACGGUGUUUUUCUGGUAAUGACAUAACUUUAUCGAUAGGGCUCCGUUCUUGGACAAAGCGGGGCUUAUUAAUGAGAUCAUGCAAAAUAUGGAUAUUCGAAGCUCUUCUAUAGCACCACUAAGGAGCGCGGGAAAAUUUGACAUCUGUACAGCAAAUAAUUGGUUACCCAGAUAACUCGAUUGGAUUCACUUUCCUUAUCAUUUGCAUAUUAAUCGUGAUGUUUAAUACUUUGCUUGCGUAUGUGAGACGGUUUUUGGAUCUCGAAAAAUGAAACCUAUCAGAUUUGAACACAAUGGGCUGCUCAAGCGCAAAUCAGUGACUGGUUUCUAUGUAUAUAGUGUCAGCAAAAAGACCCAGACGGUGGUGUAGUGUAAGCCAAUGGGAUGAGUGAUCUGUGCAGCCAGCUAAAGUCAAUAAUCGAUUAAAGAAAACGUCAUGGCAUCCAAACGGAAUAACCUAUCCACCUGUAUUUGCUUGUUUCUCGUUGAACCACUUGAUCAAUCAUUUAUUCCUUGAACGGGUAAUUUUUUGCUCGGGCCCUCGUAGCCUGGCAACGCCCGGUCUGGCGAUAGUUUGAAGCUGGGUUUUAGCAAGGUCGAGGCCAAACCGCGUGAUAUGAUCACAAUAAGUAUAAUAACGAUAAAUAAUAAUAUUAAAAUUAAAAUAACGAAAAAGGCAAAACAAGAAGUGUAUACCGUUGUCACUGAUAAAGAUAAUAAUAAUAUUAACAAUACUAUCAACCUGAGA